CCCCCGUCCCGGCGCUCCGAGUACAGAGUGAUCGUCUCGGGGCUGCCUCCGAGCGGGAGCUGGCAGGAUCUAAAGGAUCACAUGCGUGAGGCAGGUGAUGUAUGUUAUGCUGAUGUUUUCCGAGAUGGCACUGGUGUCGUGGAGUUUGUGCGGAAGGAAGACAUGACCUACGCGGUGCGAAAGCUGGAUAACACUAAGUUUAGAUCGCACGAGGGAGAAACUGCCUACAUCCGGGUUAAAGUUGAUGGCCCACGGAGCCCGAGCUAUGGAAGAUCGCGGUCCCGCAGCGCAGUCGUAGCAGGAGCCGUAGUCGAAGCAACAGCAGGAGCCGCAGUUAUUCCCCGCGGAGGAGCAGAGGAUCUCCACGCUACUCUCCCCGCCACAGCAGAUCCCGCUCUCGUACAUAAACAUCACUAGCUGAUCUUUUUGUAGAACCCCACGUUGUACACAGUUUUCCUUUACUCAGUACAGUCUCUCAUUACGAUAUAUUUUUUUUUUAAAAAAAAAAACCCUCCAACUGUUUUACUCGAAUUGGCUGAAGUGUUGAAUUGCAUUUCUUGUGUAAAAAAAAACCCCUAGUGAGUAUUUGCUCCUCAACAUCGACAUUCCCCCUCCUGUCUUUGGUAAAUUGUAUUUUAAUUGCUGUCAGUCAGGAUUGUUCUGGUUUAGUUCUAGUUCAAUACCAACCUUUCCUGGAGCUGUGGUAUUGCUGUGUAAAUGUCUCAGUGUUCCGCUGUGGUCGAGAUGAGCUGGGGAUGUUUGGGGUGUUUUGUGGCUAACUUGUCUCUUCUGGGGGAUCUUAUAUUUUAUCUUGCCUUUUCGUGUGUCUUUCUGUAGACAUAUCUGAAGAGAUGGAUUAAGAAUGCUUUGGAUUAAAGGAUUGUGGAGCACAUGUCAAUCAUUUUAGGAUUGUCAAAAGGAGGAUUGAGGAGGAUCAGAUCAAUAAUGGAGGCAAUGGUAUGACUCCAAGUGCUAUUGUCACAGAUGAACUUGGCAGUAUUGACCUUAUACCGAGAGACAGUGAAUUGAGGCCGAGCACCUACGUGUCCCCACGGGUCGCUUCAGGCAUGUUCUCGUGACCACAGGCUGCAAUUGCUCUUGUCUUUAAAAACACCUCUUCCUGGGGGGGCAGUUGUGGCCAAAUCCUGCUGUUUGUAACUGUCCCAUCCUAGUUUCCCAUGGGAGUAAUCGGGGCCGGGGGGAGCACUGGUUUACCUGUCACGCAGUGUCUGGUUACAAGUGUCGUGUCUGUAGUCUCUGUACACUUGUAGUAGAACUCGCAAUCCGAGUAUAAUAUCAAUACUGCUAAAAUCUGCAUGUCCUCUGUGUGACUGAUACAGCGUGGCUGUUGCAUUUUAUAAGUACCAGAAUGAAACCAAAACACAUAGCAAAACCUAGCGGGGAGUAACGUGAGCGCCAGCCCUGCCCCUCGGACUAAUGCACCUCUGGCUCCCAAUCCAUGUGGGAACGCCUCUUACCGUUCCCUGAGCUGGGAGAGCAGCUCUAGUCCAGCCAUUCCGCAGUAGGUGGAUGAGAGAUUGAGCAGUUUAAGCUUUUCCAGUCUAAUGCAGACCGUUUUUUGCAAGCACCAAGCCUCGUAGCCCGGCAGCGUAGGAGCGAUGAGUAUGUUGGCAUUUCCAGUGGGCAUAUUGUAAAUAUUGACAAUGUUUCCUCCAAAUAGUAAUUAACAUUUCUGAAAGAGAAUUAUCUUGAGCAUCACCAUUGGAAAGUUUGUUUUGGGGAAUUGAUAGUUAUUAAUGUACAUCUGAAUUAAUUGAUGGCAAACAUAACUGAUCAUUCCCCAGAAUCCUAUUUUUUCAUUACAGUAUCUAACUUUUUGCCUCCUCUUUUUUGGUUUUGCUGGUUAUAAAGGUUUGGAUUGGAGAGGGCUCACUGGAUCCCAAUCCUUGGAGCUGGAUCAUUGGAUUCAAAUCAUAAUGUGGAUAGGAUAGGGAGGCUGAAUUACAAGGAUUCAUGGAGCGGGAUCAAAUUACCAGGAACAUAGGAGUGGAUUCCUGCCCCAACCAAACCGCAUUCGUGUGGAUUUUUUUAUUCAACUCAAUUGGCUAUUCCAAAGAUAUUUUUGUUCCUAUUUUUGACGAUUGGAGCCCUUAAGAUGCACGAUGGAGUUUUGCAUUUUUUUGGUAAAAGGAGCAAAGCGAGGACCUGGAGAGGUACGCUGGAGCAGUCUCCUUGGAAGGAUUCAGCACGAGUAGAUGGUAAACCUUAAAGGGGAAAAAGGGGGGUUUGUUUAUAAAAAGUCAUUUCUCUAAAUUUAAAGACAAAAUUGGAGCUAACGAUGAAGUAGGUUUCAAUUGGCCAUUGCCUUUUUCUUUGACAAAUAAAAUUUUUACAAAAACAA